AUGUCUGAGAAGUCCAUUCGGGAUCUAUUCAAGCGAGCGACCGCCUUAAAGCCCUGCAUUCUUUUCUUUAAUGAAAUCGAUUCGAUAGCACCGAAGCGUGGAAGUGACUCAACUGGGGUGACAGACCGUGUCGUCAAUCAACUGUUAACUCAGAUGGAUGGUGUCGAGGGCUUGUCUGGCGUUUAUGUCCUUGCUGCAACGUCCAGACCCGAUCUUAUUAAUCCUGCGCUGCUCCGUCCCGGCCGCCUCGAUAAGUCGCUCUUAUGUGAUUUGCCAAACCUGGACGAUAGAAUUGAUAUUCUGCGAUGUCUUUUGAAGAAGCUAAAGCUUGACGAGGACCUCCAAGGAGAGCUUGACAAUAGGCUGAGGGACGUCGCUUCGAGGACCCAAGACUAUUCAGGAGCCGACUUACAGGCCCUUGUCUCCAAUGCGCAACUUGAGGCCGUUCACGAGUACCUAGGAGACAAAGACACAGGGGUUAGCGCAGCAAAGACGAAUGGCAAAGCCCGAGUCCAAGACUCUCGAAAGCCUAGUAUCUUACAGUUCUGGUACGGUGCAGAUCAAGACCGGCUGCGCUCUGAUGCCAACUCUAGCGACCGACGCACGCAGCUCAGGAAACUCGCCGAGUAUGAAGAAACGGUUGUGAAGCUACGUUCCAAGGGCAAGUCAAGCCGACGAGGGCUUCAGGGAGAAGGAAAUCAGAAAUCAGACGACAAAGUGUCACAUAAGCCGGAGGUCCAACUUGCUUGGGAGCAUUUAGAGAGGAGCUUGCGUGUUUCACGGGCUAGCAUCAAAGCAGAUGAGAAACGGCGAUUGAGUUUAGUCUAUGAUGAGUUUGUUGGUGGAAGGUCUGCUAAGCUACGGAAUGGUCAAGGAGGAACGGCCGUCGGGAGCAGAGGAACCUUAAUGUGA